GGUUUGCAGCGAACCGAACUCAACAUUGAUUUGACUUCCACGAGUGCAUGCCCCCCUGCCCGCCGCGCCCAGCCAAUGUAUAACUAAAAUCGCUAAACCAACCAAUGCAAACUCCGCCAACUUUGGUGGUUGGGAAAUUUUUACUACCACUCGCUUUUGGCAGAUAAAAAAUGUCGGUUUGGUCUACUCUCCGGCGAUCAUCUCAACCCUUAAUCGACCAUCAUCGCCGAUGCAUAAUCCAAUCGCUCCCGAACCGCUACUUCUCCUCCUUACCGCCGCUAUUGCCGCCGGCGACAGCAUCCCAUUUGGGUCGUUGUACUACCAGUAGGCCAUUCCUGAGAUGGGUCGUCCCUGGAAUAAUCGCAAGCUCUACCAUUGCUCUCGCUCUCUAUUCUCGUACUACUAGUAGUCCUCCUGCAAAUUUCCCAUCUUUAUCAUUUGCUGAUGAUGGCUCUGUAAGUGUAAAUUCUCCAUCCUUAUCACUACCAACCCCACCUGAUGAUUGUGAUGCUGAUUAUGAUAAUGAUGAUGGUCGACCCAAUCAAUCCAAGUUUCUGUUUGGAGAUGCUUAUAGGAGGAAAGUGUUUUUUAAUUAUGAGAAGCGCAUACGGAUGCGAAGUCCUCCUGAGAAGGUAUUUGAGUACUUUGCUUCUCACUGUGCUGAUAAUGGAGAAAUAUUUAUGACUCCAGCAGACUUGAUGCGAGCAGUUGUUCCUGUUUUUCCUCCAUCUGAAUCAAACCUUGUACGAGAUGGAUAUCUCCAAGGAGAAAGGACUCCUGGUGAAUUGCGUUGUGCCCCUUCACAGUUCUUUAUGCUUUUUGAUACGGACAAUGAUGGUCUGAUAUCUUUUAAGGAGUAUAUAUUCUUUGUCACACUACUCAGCAUUCCGGAAUCCAGUUUUUCGGUGGCUUUUAAGAUGUUUGACCUUGACUGUAAUAGGGAAAUACACAGAGAGGAAUUCAAGAAAGUAAUGGCUUUAAUGCGAGCUCACAACAGGCAAGGGGCUUUACAUAGGGAUGGACUUCGAGCAGGGCAUAGUCUUGGGGGUUCAGUAGAAAACGGAGGCCUAGUGGCAUACUUCUUUGGUGAAGAUGGGAAGAGGUGCCUUCACCAUGAUAAAUUCGUACAAUUUCUGAGAGAUCUUCAUGAUGAAAUGCUGAAGUUGGAGUUUUCCCAUUAUGAUUACAAGUGCCGAGGGACCAUAUCCGCCAAAGACUUUGCCUUGUCAAUGGUAGCUGCUGCUGAUCUGAAGCAUUUAGGCAAGUUGCAUGAUCGUGUUGAUGACUUGGACAAAAUGCCACAUAUCAGCAAUGUCCGUAUUACACUUGAGGAAUUCAAGAGUUUUGCAGAGCUUCGUAAAAAGUUGCAGCCAUUCUCGCUUGCAAUUUUCAGUUUUGGAGAAGUGAAUGGUCUCUUGACAAAAGGGGAUUUCAGACGAGCUGCUUCUCAAGUAUGUGACGUCUCUCUCACUGACAAUGUGAUCGAAAUAAUUUUCCAUGUUUUUGAUGCAAAUCGAGACGGAAGUUUAAGCUCUGACGAGUUCAUAAGAGUAUUGCAGAAGCGGGAGAAAGACAUUGCUCAACCAACAGAAGCAGGGAUCUUCAACUUUUUAUCUUGUUGUUGGAACUGCAGAAGCAAAUACUCCAUAUCUCAUCUGCUUUCAUAAUCAACUUCCACUAGAUGUUCUAACGUUCAGUGCUGUGCAUACUGACUGGUUCAGACGACGUGAUAAGGCGACAAUGAUUAGCAUUUUGCCGAAUAUUUUGUAAAUCACGGGAUUAACCAUGCAUGGCACCCGUACCGUUUCUAACAUGAUGCUGUGUGUCAUGGCCAGGACUGGGAGUUUUAACUGAAGCAUGGAUGUGAGAUGGUUUAUGGGCUUAUUGUAGUACAUGAUUUGGAGUUUUCUUCGUCUUCGCCUUGAAGUCACAUGCUGUAUGAAGUUAUAUGCUGUAUAUAGUGGGAACUCAAAUGAUUUAUUGAGCUAGAUUCGUUUCUUUUAGAUGCAGUCAAUGUAUUCGCCUUGAAGGAUUGUUUAAUUUGAGCCGCAACAAUAAUAGUAAACGAGUGCUAUUACUUGUAUC